AUAUGCCCCCCUCCAUAUUUCAUAAAAAAAAAUACAAUGAACCCAAAAAGCCUUUGUUUUACUAUUCUUAUUGCUAUUUUAGCUGUUUUCAUAUCCCGGUUUAUCAUCGAUCCAAGCCCUUAUUUCCACAAAAAUAUACUUGAUUUUAGCCUAACCCUUUCGUCGUCGUCAUGCAUCAUCAUGAAGUUCAUCCCGUUUGACUUUAGUGACUUUUGUCGACACCGUAAACACCCUGAUAAGGGUAAACCGGUAUCCGUUUGUGACGACUUCCCUCCAAAUUUUCCACCUCCCGAAACCAACACGACUUUGACGCUUUGCGUUGAUCGGAACGGGUGUUGUAAUUUCACGACCGUGCAAGCUGCCGUCGAUGCUGUUCCGAACCUAAGCAUGAAAAGAAGUGUAAUAUGGAUCAAUACUGGGAUUUACUAUGAGAAAGUGAUUAUUCCAAAAACAAAACCAAAUAUUACAUUUCAAGGACAAGGAUAUACAUCAACAGCAAUAGCUUGGAAUGAUACUGCAAAUUCUGCAAAUGGAACCUUUUAUAGUGGCUCAGUUCAAGUUUUCUCCACCAAUUUUAUUGCCAAGAACAUAAGCUUCAUGAAUGUAGCUCCUCUACCUCGUCCAGGUGAUGUCGGAGCACAAGCAGUGGCCAUUAGAAUCGCCGGCGACCAAGCAGCUUUCUGGGGUUGUGGUUUCUACGGAGCUCAAGACACCCUCCACGAUGACCGUGGCCGCCAUUACUUCAAGGAUUGCUAUAUACAAGGUUCAAUCGACUUCAUUUUCGGGAACGGAAAGUCCCUUUACGAGGAUUGCCAGUUAAUAUCCAUGGCGAACCAGGUGGCACCGGGAUCGAAAUCCAUAAAUGGAGCAGUGACGGCACACGGAAGAGCAUCGGCGGAUGAAGACAGUGGGUUUGCGUUCGUGAACUGUAGUAUUGGUGGUACAGGAAGAAUAUGGCUCGGCCGUGCAUGGCGGCCAUAUUCUCGUGUGGUUUUCGCUUUGACGUCAAUGACGGAUAUUAUUGCACCCGAGGGUUGGAAUGAUUUCAAUGACCCUUCACGAGACCAGACCAUAUUCUAUGGAGAAUACAAUUGUACGGGUGCAGGAGCAAAUAUGAGUGGAAGGGCACCGUAUGUUCAAAAGCUAAAUGAUACGCAGGCUUCUCUCUUUCUUACGACGUCGUUUAUUGAUGCAGAUCAAUGGUUACAAUCUUACAAUAGUUAGAAACAUUUAUUAAAAUUAUAAUCUCCCAAAAUUUAACAUUAAUUCAUUUCAUUAAUGUAAUAAACUAUUUAAGUUAAAUGAA